AUGGAAUCUCGAGAUAAACUCAAACCCUUUGUGGUAUUUUGUGUUGCCAUUUCUGCACUUGGUGCUCUCAACAAUGGUUUCAAUACAUCUGCUCUGAAUAUUCCAGCAAAAUCUCUUACAAAUUGUCCCGAUGUACCAUUUGGUACAGUGACAUAUUAUCCCAACUCACCUUUGCCUCAAUGUAUCCCAAUGUCCGAUUGGAUCUUGGGUACUGCUACUGGCAUGUACGCUAUCGGUGGUCUUUUAGGGGCUAUGAUUGCUGGUUGGAUGGCUCAAAAGUAUGGUCGUCGUGAUUCGAUGCUCAUCAUGAAUACCACUUUUUUUAUCGGUGCCAUCUUGCUUUCUCUCUCUACUGAACCUGGUCAAUUUGCUGUUGGCCGUAUCUUUGUCGGUAUCGGCUCUGGUUUCAUGACGGUCGUGAUUUCCAUGUACAUUGCUGAGGUAUCCCCUUCUAAAUACCGUGGUGCUCUCGGUUCUUUCCUCCAACUUUUCUUGACUAUUGGUAUCAUUAUCAUUGAAUGUAUCGGUCUUGGUCUUUCCUCUGCUAUCGGAUGGCGUAUCGUUGUUGUGAUCACUGUAGGUCCUGCCAUCAUUCAAAUGCUCUGUUUGCCUUUCUGUGCUCGUUCUCCCCGUUGGUUGAUCUCUCAGAACCGUAUUGAUGAAGCUCGUGUUCAAUUGAUGCGUCUUCGUUAUGGCGACGUCCAAGAAGAGUUUUCUGAAAUGAUCUUGUCUCUCACUAAAGGAGGUUCUGAUGGUAACGACAAGAAGGCUGUUCCUGAAGCUGAACUCGGUGACAAGGACAGUUUCGAUAAUGCUCCCAACGAGGAAUCCAACGACGCUUUUGAAGGUGAAGAAUCCUUGUCUAUUCGCGAAGUGUUCUCCAACCGUUGUUUGAUGGUUUUGACCUUGAAGAUGAUGGUUGUUCACGCUUCCUCUCAAUUAACUGGUAUCAAUGCUGUCAUGUAUUAUUCUACCAACAUUUUCGAAAACUCCUUUGGUGAUGUUGCAAAGUACGUUACUAUUGGUGUCUCUGGUCUUAACAUUGUCAUGACCAUUGUGGGUCUCGGUUUGAUUGAUCGCUUGGGUCGUAAGAUCUUGUUGGUUGUCUCUGCCUACGGUAUGAUGAUUUGGUCUGUUCUCAUGACCAUUGGCUUGCGGUUCGACGUUUCUGCUCUUCAAGUGGUCUCUAUCUAUAUCUUUGUCGCUUGUUAUGCCGUUGGUCUUGGCAUGAUUCCCUUUGUUAUCACUUCUGAAGUUUACCCUACCUAUGCUGUCUCUGCUGCUUCAUCUGUUGCAUUGGCUAUCAACUGGCUCUGUAACUUUAUUAUUGGUCUCGUUUUCCCUGCUCUUCAAACAGCUUGUGGUCCUUAUGUUUUCUUGAUUUUCACAGGUCUUUCUGCUUUGGCUGGUACUUUUAUCCUCAUCUUCAUUCCUGAAACCAAGCAAAAGACUAUCGAUCAGCUUGGUCGUGAGCUUGGUUGGGCUGAUAUCGACUUGAAUGAUGUCCGUCGCAAGUAA